UCCGGCGCCUUCCGGGCCGCCAGCAGCGCCCGCCCGGCAGCCGAAGCGGGCAGUGCCUGAGCGCCGCCAUGGUGGGCCCGGGCCCGGGCGGUGGGGCGCCGCUGGAGAACGCCAACCCCCUCAUCUACCGGCGCUCGGGGGAGCGGCCGGUGACGGCGCGGGAGGAGGACGACGACCUGCCUGACUCCAUCGACGACCGGGAGAUUUUCGAUCUUAUUCGGUCCAUUAACGACCCGGAGCACCCACUCACUCUGGAGGAGCUGAAUGUCGUGGAGCAAGUGCGAGUAAAAGUGAAUGACGCAGAAAGCACAGUGUCAGUGGAGUUCACUCCCACCAUCCCUCACUGCAGCAUGGCGACCCUAAUUGGCCUCUCUAUAAAAGUAAAAUUGAUCAGAUCUCUGCCUGAGAGAUUUAAGCUGGAUGUUCAUAUAACACCAGGAACACACGUCUCUGAGCAUGCAGUUAAUAAACAGCUUGCUGAUAAAGAACGUGUAGCUGCUGCUUUGGAAAACUCUCACUUACUGGAAGUGGUGAAUCAGUGUUUGUCAGCUCGAUCGUGAGGAAACUGUUGGUAUUCUGCUAUGUUAAAUUAAUUUUGUAAAUAAGUGGUGAUGCUAGUGUUAUGCUAUAUGUAUAGCUAUGAGAAAAAUAAAAUCACUUGGAUUUUCUUAAAGAAACGUUUCAUUACUCUUACAAAAAAUAGUAUGUGGAAAGUCAGCUUACAGGCAGCUACAAAAGCAAUGAAAAUCUACUUGUAAAUUUUAUUAGUGGUUGCAUGGGUAGGAUUUUUUUGUAAAAAGAUUUAUUUCAACCUUAACUGGUUUCUCACUAUCCAAAGUUAAUUGUAAAAUGCAUCGUAGAAGUGGAUUUUGCACACUGGACUUCACAAGCUAAUUGACAGUUAAAAUCUUUACAUUCAUGUGACUUUUGUUAAUUGCUAAUGUAAUUUUAGCUUUGGACAUCAAAAUUGUAUCAGUUCAUGUGUACAAAGUUGUAACACAUUUUAACAGUUAAGUGUAAACUCUUCUGAAUCAUCUGCCUGGUUUUCAUUAUAUUAACUUGAAUUAGCCAGAUAUGGAAGGCUUUUUAGACCUGUAUAAAACAUUAUAUAUUUUUAAUGAUUAAUUAUUUGUGGUAAGAAAUACAGUGUUUUUGAGGUAAUUUGGUUUUUUCAUGCACCUGCUACGAUAUAGGAAAGUCAUUCGUAGUUUACAGUAUGAACAGAAAGACUUCUGGAAGACUUUCCUGGCAAAGUUUGAUAGAUAAAUGACAAGUUUUGCUUUAAACUUAGGGAGAUUUAAUAAUAAUACCUAGUCUGUACUUCUGGUCCAGGAAAUGUGGCAUUCACUGAAAUAUUGUCUUUGGCAGAAAUUGACAAUAGAAAAAUUUUUUAAGAUACAAUUCCAGAAUUCAUUGUAAAUUUUGCAAAAGAUGUUUCUAAUCAUGGACCACAUGGAAAAACAACAACUUGUUAAAGAAAUCCUGUCAGGUAUUGUGGCGCCUUCACACCUACAAUGUAACUUUCAUCAGUUAUCUAGAAAGUAACAUACACUUUUAAACAAGUAUAUUGUGCUCACCUGUUUGAUGGUAAUGCUUUGUAUUUCAGUAAUAUUUUCUCUUGGAGGAUCUCAGAUGCCAUUUUAAAAAUGGUGAAGCUUAUGAAUGCCAUAUAAACCAUAGCCUAAUAAUCCAGUCUAGUCUGUGUUGAACAGCUGAGGAAACUGAGGCAGUGGUGAUCCAAGUGUGACAUGUAAAGUCACAAAGCAAAAUAGGACAGAAAGAAAUCCAAGUCUUCCCAUUUGAGAAAUGAGGCACUCAGUUUGAACAAGGCUUCUAUAGAAAGUCAUCUUAGCAGCAGCCUUAAUCUGCUUAUUUGGCUUAGCAUCCUUUGAGUGAUCAGCACUUUGCUUGGAUGUAUGAAUGAAACUGUAAAUCAAGACAAUCUUUAUGUAGCAUUGUUAUUGGGAAAGGAGUAGAAUGACCCAGCCGACUAUCUUUUCUCUCUGCUUCUCAUGCUGAAUCACUGAACUGAUUAGUUCUGACAUUGCCAGCAUUUGCACCAUAAAUGAAACUUCAACCAUGGCAAUGUGUGCAGGCAGCUCUCAGGCAACAUGCUUAGUUGGUUUGAUUUUGUUUUCUGGAUCUUUUUAAUAGAAAAUUCAUUUUGCUCUCACAGAUUUUGGGGUAGAAAGGAAUGCAAAUAAGUGCCAGGGAGAAAACAGAAGGAUGACUAAGCUGACAACAGAUUGCUUCAACCUGCAUUCCAAAUUGAGAAGGAAUGGGUAAAUUAUGCUUUGUUGAAUCUCUCUGCUUGGCUUUCACCACUACAUAAUAGUAGUGUUAAAUAAUUUAGUGUGUUGGCACUUGCCUCAUGAAGUGCAUUGUACAUGGUAACCCUGGGGGUGCACUUUGCACCAUCUACCUUUUCAGAGAAGCAACAGUAUGUGGUUAGAUUGUUUAUAAUAUAUAGUUGGGGGAUGAUUUUUCAGUAAAAGGACUCUACUUUGGGAUAUCAAAGAAAAGAGAUGCCUGACUUCAGCUGAUUAAAGAUGCUUAGAUCUGGUACAUUUCUUUAAGUGAUGUGGAAGUGAUAUAUGUGAGAAGAAAGAAACAACAAUAAGGAUAAAUCACAGUUACUUUGCUGAAGGUCACAGGUCCUCAUGUACAGGCUCCCUCAGCUUAGAUACUUGCUGAAUGAUAACGUACCAGCAGUUCUAGCAAAAGUUUAAUGAUUCUUAGCUGACUCUUGCUGUAUGGAGGUAAUGUGGGAGAAAAAGAUGUUAACUUGUUACAAAUAUUUAUGUUGAGAAUUAUUUUUCAAAAAAGCUACCACUAAAUUUAGCCUCUGGAAUGCUUUGUAAUAGGACACAUUCCAUCAGAAACUAACCCCCUUUAAAGCAGCUGUGUUGCAUACAAACAGCCUCAUUCGAGGACAGGAACAAUGCCAGAAGCAGACAUCUGUUUCACAUUCCUAGGCCCUAGGCAGAGCCUUCCAGGAGUGGCUGAAUGGCAUGCACUGCUCCUAGCCUGCAGACACUGCCCUGGGAGUUCCCAAGGGCAGCUGGCUCUGGGGUCACUGGAGUAACCUGCCCUGUGCUCAAGCCCACAGACCAACACAGUUCCUGCACCUCAGGUCUCACCACACUGCAUGUACUUGGGCCUAGCACCCAGGCCUGCUUUCCAGCUGCUCCCACACUCAUUGCUGCCUAGUACCAGCAACCAAACUUUUGAAGACAUUUCAUCCCCCAGUUUCAUGAGUGGCAGGGAAGCAGCUCAGCAGCAUUGUAUCCAAAGUCCCAACUGAAAUGUCCAUGGAAGAACUUCACAUUUCAGUGGCAAUAUUUCUUGUGUCCUUUGAGUGGAGCAACGUGUACCACAACCUGGGAACUGUUAGUUCAAAGAAGUUAUUUCAGUCUUCUGGCCAUGCUUAAGAUUGAUUUGUUUAUGUCAAUAGAGUGCUUUGAUAAAGAUGUCCCUCUAGAGCUUAGAUUUAUAAACUCAUAUGAACCCACUACAGUGUGAGUUUUUAUAGCUGUUAAAAACAUUUCCCUUGAGCUUGUCACAAAGACAACUAUCACUUUCCCUUCCUUUACAAAAUGCAGUUUAGCAUAAAUACAGACUGAACAAGUGGCAGAGAUGACUUUUUUCCCGAAACAAAAGUUUCUAGCAAAAUCUUUCAAGUGUUAACUAUGGAAAGGUAAGUAUCAGCAAAGAGAAUAAAAGAGGGGAAUGUGAGGCUGUUACCUGUGUGCUUAAGUCAGCUGAAUAUCUUGCAACUGUUUGCCAGCCACAUUCAAUGGAAAGCACA